GCUAUUUAUAUAGGAAUUAUUUCCUCAUUUCAAGAGAUCAUGAUGUUAAAUGGGCAUCAUUACAUUUCUUUAAAAAAUGUUCUCAAAAUUUGCUUGUGGAUUUACAGUCGUAAUACCAUUGCUGUUGACACUCCAAUUAAAUAAUAUCACCAUAAGAGCUUUAGCAGACAAAACUCAAACGUGUGGGGAUGGUCGUUACAAUGAUGGAGGUGUUUGCAAAGAAUGCCCGGCUGGGUUUUUUGGUACCAACUGCUCAGCUGAAUGUCCUGCAUUAUAUUACGGCAUUAUGUGUCUCCAGAAUUGCGAUUGUUCUCCUUGUCAUCAUGUCUACGGCUGUGUUUCCUCUACUCUUAUAACAGAAACAACGAGCCAUGGAUCUGUGAACAAAGACGAAAUAAAGGACACAACUGAAAAACCAGAAUCAAUCAGCUGUAAAAACGAAAACAAAGAAAAUAUAAAAUGCAAAGACCAAAUGCAAACACCAGAACACAAAACAAAUUUUGAUAGAAUUGUAGUCAUUUUUGCUGGAUCUGCUUUAAGUUUCAUUUUAAUUUUAGCAAUUUUACGAGAGAUAUGUCUAUUCUGCCGAGUUCCUAGGCCUACUGGCCUACUGAGUACCUCUUCUGACGUUUAUACCGAUAUUGCUGAAAUGGAAAAUAGAGGAACAGAAUAAAAUAAAACUCUCUAUGCCACAAAACAAUUCAAAUUUUUUGAUUUUAAUACAUGAAAUUAAUAAUUUUUAGAUUUUAAGAUUAAAUUUAUAUGAUUUAUGUAUUAAUUAGUUGAAGAACGGUAAGGUUUUUGAAGUAAUUUUUUUCUUUAUUGCUAAAGUAUGUACACUUAAUUUAUGACCGGUUGCCAGAAGGCGGAUGGACUGAUCUAUCAUGAACGUCUAGUUCAACCAGACGCAAUGCAACAUUGCUCAGAGAGAAUGUGGUCAAAUGAGACAAAUG